GCUGCUGCGGCGGCGAUGAGGCAGAAGCACUACCUGGAGGCCGUGGCGCGGAAGCUGCACUAUUCCUGCCCAGGCCAGGCUCGCUAUCUGCUCUGGGCCUAUGGUUCGUCCCACGAUAAGAGCAAUUUUGAAGAAACAUGUCCAUACUGUUUCCAGCUGUUGGUUCUGGAUAAUUCUCGAGUGCACCUCAAACCCAAGGCCAAAUUGACACCUAAAAUACAGAAACUUCUUAAUCGAGAAGCAAGAAAUUUUACACUCAGUUUUAAAGAAGCAAAAAUUUUGAAAAAAUACAGAGACUCCAAGAGUGUAUUGUUGGUUACUUGUGAAACAUGCAACAGAGCAGUUCAGCACCCCGGUAAAAGUAGAAGCUUCCUGCCAGCACUGAAGAGCAGCCCCAGCACUCCACUGAGUAAGCUCAGCCAGGAGAUAACAGAGAGAAGGACUCCAAAUGCAGUAAACCUUACUCUGUCUGCGUCCAGAGGCAAGAGCCCGGCACUGACUUUCAGAACACCCACAUCUGGACAGUCAACACCUAUUUGCUCCCCAAAGAAUGUGAGCAGAACAAAAAAAUACUUCUCUCAACUGAAGAUGUUGCUCAGCAAGAGUGAAUCCCAAGAGAACCCAAAGAUGGACUUCAGAAAUUUCUUGUCUUCUCUUUGAAGGCUGUUGUAAAAAUAUGUCUACA